CAAUUAGUUAAGCGAGUUUUAUUUAACAUUGUUACCUUUCUUUAACAACGUGGUUGUCACGCAGUAUUUUUCAAUAUGUUAAGUUUGAAAUGGUUGCGAGUAGUUAUAUUACUGUUUCAUUUAUGUUAUGUGAGUAGCUAUGAUAUCAAAAAUCACCCAUGCUGCCAAGAGAUGGGCGAGAACAUCACACUGGCGAUGAUUAUUGACGCGUAUGAGAUCUAUGGACACGACCCCACGGAUAAGCUGGACCACCUGGCGCACUACCAGAUCGAGAUGAUGAAGAUAAAGCGCGCUGGGGAUCAGUACCUUAUAAAUGAACACGUUCAUAUUGCGACCGACCACUUAGGAAGAUUUAUACACAUGCAUAUAAAGGAACUUAAGGUAUUACUAAUAGCACUUGAAGAUGCAAUCGACAACAUGCUGACCAUGUAUGACAACCACAACGCUAUCAAGACAGAGCGAGUGGCCACGUACAAUUCCGGUGCUGGGGGGGCCGUGCCUUCAGAGUUUUAUUUGAGUCAAGAAUACUACUGCGGCAAGAAUAUUUAUAUUUUUAUAUCAGAGUUGUACAGCGACAUUUACAAUAUGGGUCGUGGUGUCAGUCCCUUUUGCAAGGGACGGGGCUUCCAUUUCCUGGGGUUCGUCCAUUUCAUGGAUGACAACAAAUACUUUCUGGAAGAAGACCCGAAUAUCGUGUUUCAAAUGGACAAUUAUAUUCACGGUUUGGAAUGUCAUCUGGGAAUUUGCAUUUAUAGGUUUCCAUUCAAGAAAAGUCUGCAGCACAUUCGAGACGUGUCGACUCUACCGAAGGCGAUCGUCAAGUGCGGCACAGAAACAUACAAACUACCCCCGCUUUCCGCUGCUUCCUGUCUCAUCACUUCCGGUUCCUUUAUAUUAGACUUUAAUAUACAAGGCAUCCGGUUUAGGCAUUAUGAUUAUUUACUGUUUCUUCCGAACGGUCACUCGUUCUACACGAAGGAGAAACAGUCUCCGCUCGUCUGUGAUCACCAUGUCUGCGAGUGGAAUAAUACCAACUUCUACGGAGGUCCAUUUAUAAUUCCCGGUGAUCCCGGCACGGGAUUGUCACCAAUUCCGCCAUUUGUGGAGCAGACCACGGAGUCCACAUAUCAUGCGUCCACUGAACCUCCUGGAAGCGAAUUCAACAAUGUUACAUACUCCCUCGACGGAUGUUGGUUCAUGUUCCCGCCAAACUACGGGUCGAUCGGCGGCAUCAGUUAUCUGGACCCGCUCACCGUCAACGAGUAUAGAUACACGUGUACUGGCAACGGAAUGAAUAAGGGUUUGUACUGGUAUCCACAAUGGAUGGGUGGACCACCUCACCACCCGUACCCCCAGUCAGGUGAUCACCCCGGGGAAAUGGAAGCCGCGGAGCCGGGCCCUUACUAUCCUCACAUCAUGCAACCACCACCAGACUUGUUACCGAAGCAUUAAAUUAUUUUUUGGA